GCUGAUUCCGCGCUGCGCUCCGGGGUUCCCAGCCUUGGCCAGCGGGUGGCCCGGGGUUGGUGGGGCGGUAGGGAGUCGCGCCAAGCGGAGAUGGACAGAAGGGUCCCCUUCUUUUCUUCCUCCAUUGGAAAAGAGGGUCCAUGAGGACCCCAGGUAGAAACGCCAAAGGGAGGCUGCAGCCCAAAGAGGGAGCAGGAUAGAGCGACCUAGACGUUCCUCUGUCCUUUCCUGGGAUUCAGGGUUCCUUCUGUGACCCCAGCCGCCCCGUCCACGCCGAGGUCGCGGACCACACUUCAGCCCCUGCUCCGCAGCCCUGAGUCAAGGCUCCAUGGAAGCCGCCAGCCUCUCGCCGACCACUCCGGGCACCGCCCUUCUCUGGGCCCGGGAGACCUGCAGCGGUAGCCCAGCCUCGGUCCUGCCUGGUCGGGAGCCGCCCUAUUCUGUCUUCACAGUACUGGUGGUGACUCUGCUGGUGCUGCUGAUCAUGGCCACUUUCCUGUGGAAUCUGCUGGUUCUGGUCACCAUCCUGCGCGUCCCUGCCUUCCAUCGCGUACCGCAUAACUUGGUGGCCUCGACGGCCGUUUCAGACGUCCUCGUGGCAGCAGUGGUGAUGCCACUGAGCCUAACGAGGGAACUGUCGGCCGGACGACGAUGGCAGCUUGGACGGAGCCUGUGCCACGUGUGGAUCUGCUUCGACGUGCUGUGUUGCACCGCCAGCAUCUGGAACGUGGCGGCCAUCGCCCUGGACCGCUACUGGACCAUUACGCGCCACCUGCACUACACGCUGCGCACCCGGCGCCGCGCCUCAGCGCUCAUGAUCGCGCUUACCUGGGCGCUGUCCGCGCUCAUCGCCCUCGCUCCGUUGCUCUUCGGCUGGGGCGAGGUGUACGACGCCAGGCUCCAGCGCUGCCAAGUGAGCCAGGAACCUUCCUACGCGAUCUUCUCCACCUGUGGCGCCUUUUACUUGCCCCUUGGCGUGGUGCUGUUUGUGUACUGGAAGAUCUACAAAGCAGCCAAGGUUCGUUUUGGCCGUCGGAGACGGGCUGUACUGCCAUUACCUGCCACCGCGGAGGUGAAGGAGGCACCUCAUCAGGCUGAGAUGGUGUUCACAGCACGCUGCCCAGCAACUGUGACCAUCCAGGCAAGUGCAGACUCCUGGCGGGAGCAGAAGGAGAAACGAGCAGCCAUGAUGGUGGGGAUUCUGAUUGGAGUGUUUGUGCUAUGCUGGAUCCCCUUUUUCGUGACUGAGCUUAUUAGCCCUCUCUGUGCCUGCAGCCUACCCCCAAUCUGGAAAAGCGUAUUCCUAUGGCUUGGCUACUCCAAUUCUUUCUUUAACCCCCUCAUUUACACAGCUUUUAACAAGAACUAUAACAAUGCCUUCAAAGGCCUGUUUACCAGGCAGAGAUAAAAGGGGCUGAAGACAUAUGGGCAGAGUUAUGAGAAGGAAAUGAAUUUCGAUCUAUCAACUUCAGUGGUCUGGGCACUUUCCCUCAUAGUUAAGUGCUAAUGAUGUUUUGAAAGUCAUGUUGUUAGGCAUGGACUAUGGAAGCAACUAUGCCAUAUACUUACUGUCUCAUGAAGGCUAGCAAAGGUAUGGCAAACCUAACUAAGCCCUCUUCCCAUAUAGUUAUAGCAUGCACUGCCAAUAGAUCAUCACACGUCUUCCCACUAAGAAACUCCACCUUAGAAUCUUUUUAUGACAACAUCUGAGGUAGUUACUGCUAAUGUUAGCACUGACUGACACAUGGGUCAAAACUGACUUCCUUUCCUUGGCAAAGAUAUCUCAAACCACUCAAGACACUCUCUUCUUAGCUACUAUACAUCCCCCAAAAGGCAAAAUAAUAUCUCCAUUCACAAAUGUUUCCCUUUGCAAACAAUUUGGUCCACAAACAAAAGCAUCCAGUAAAAAUUUGCUUCUAUAAGCAAACUCCACAUCAGGUCACAAACAUGGUCAUAACAUCUUCCCCACAGUUGUAAUACAAACCACAUUACCAAGGUAUAUCUCAAUUUGCAGGAAGAUAAGGACCAUUUUGUUAACAACCCUCAGUCUAUCUCUAGCCUAUUGAAUUAGACUCUAAAAGAAUUAGUCUGGUGAUCUGUGUAUUACAGUCUAUGAGGAUGAUUUUUUAACCAGUGAGAGAUGCUGUUCUUUGAACAGUAUAAGUUAGCAUUCCUGGUGGAUGACUCGGGUAGCACUUCUAAAAGCUUACCACAAUUCCAAUGUUUAGCCAGAGUUGAGAAAUCCUGCUUAGGCCUUUGCAAUGUUUAUUCAUGACUUGGGAGACCAGACAUGAGAACUUUUCCCAUUACUUCACUAUACUCACUUGUAUGUAUAAUAAAAAAUACUUUUAAGGCA